UUCCUGGCUCCAAACACUCGCUGAACUGAAACUAAAGGCAAGGCAGUCGCGCUGCGGGACACACCUGCUCUUCCGCCACCUCCUCUUCCUCUUCCUCCCAGUUUCCUCUUCAUCCUGUGCGGCGGAAUCCGCUCCGGCCCUGGCAUGCGGCGCCUGGAGGAUCUGCCUGUUUGGGGAAUGCCAGGACCCUCGCGCUGACCCGCCGGGAGACCCGUGUCAGGCCCAAUGGCUGCUCCGGCCACCCCGAAGUACAAGCUGAUCCUUCUGGGGGACUUUGGGGUGGGGAAGACCACGCUUUUCCACCGUGUCCGGACGGGGAGCUUCCUGGAGGGGCCCCACGGCGUUGGCCAGCACCUGUGCAUGUGUGAGAAGGUCCUGCCAGUGAGGCACGGCCGCAGCAACCUCCAGGCGCAGAUCUCACUGUGGGACACAGCUGGGGAGGAGCGCUUCCUGUCCCUGAGCAGCUGCUACUUCCGGCGUGCGGACGCGGUGCUGCUGCUGUACAGCCUGCACGGCCCGCUCUCCUUCGACAGCCUCACGCACUGGGUCCACGUGGCGCGGCACUACUGCGCGGAGGCGGAUAUCUUCAUCCUGGGUAAUAAGAGCGACCUGGAGAGUCAGGUUCCCGAAGAGAAAGCCGAGAGGUUUUCCGUGGAGCACUCCACAUCCGGGAGGUUCAGGGUGUCCGCCAAGACCGGCGAGAACGUGGAGCGGUGCCUGCAGGAGAUGGUGGACUGGCUCUUCCGCAAGAAGGAGUUCCAGCGCAGCGGCCUCGCCGCCCCGCCAGAGGAGCUGGGCUACUACAAACGCUGUGGGUGCUGAGCAGCGCCCCCCGGGCACGGGAAAGGGCCCUCGCGCGCACGAUCAGUGGCAGGCGCCCCCCGUGAGCCUCACACGCGGCGUGUGCCACGGGUCCUGCCCUGACGCUCACCGUGUAUCCGACAGUCACGGCCUGCUUGGAGGCGGCCAGGCCUUGCCACCUUCCGACCUCUCUCUGAGUCGGGGGGCAGCGCAGGCUUCAGGGCCCCGGGCAGGAACGCCUCCCCAUCUCAGUCUCAUGCCGCCUUCGGGGAGCUGCUGUCUUGGCAGAGGCGUGGGCUGUUUCCUGAAGGAGGCUGAGCAGCGCCUCAACCCGAGGCUGGAUGGCAGUGUGUCCAAUGCGCAGUCCAGUGCCUGGAUUGCAAUCCCCAGCAUCCCCAGCCAGUGGCCAAUCCCCAGGUGAAUGCAGCGCCGCUCCCAAGACCACCUUCUGGGACAUGCGGUCUCUGAGGCCCUAUGGAACCCCCUCGGAGCCGCACGUGGGGAAGGGCAGCUUGCCCCUUACCUGCUCACUCGCACGGUUGCCCGCGCGCUCUGUUCCAACCACUAGACUCCGUUAUCACCUCCUCCUCCUCGGUCACACCUUUUCUGCCCUCAGGUGGCGACCUGCCCCAUCGGCAGCCCGCUCAGAAGUCCGGAAACGUUCCCAGUGCUGCAUUUCUCUUGGGAAAAUGCCAGUGUUAUCAGGCCGCGGAUAAAAGCAAAUGCUGCCAGCAGCACAUGCAGUCAAAGGCUGUUUCAGAACGGCAAGGGCUGCUUUCCGGGCGAUUAUCCCUGCUGGAAAGGUGAGGGGACACGUGCACCUCGCAGAAAUACAAAGAUAUCUUGGAGCAAAGUAGAACCCAUGAAAACGGACGGCAAAACUGUCCAUAUCUCGCCCCAAGCGCCUCAGGGAGAGGCGGGCAAGCUCGGCGGGAAGAUGCGGCGAAGUGCGCAGCAUAUGAUGCCCUCGUGGAGCAUUUGCCUGUGACGUGUCCCCAGCAUGA